GCCGCGCAAUCACUCUCGACUGGAACCUGCCGCACUGAUUGGCCGGGCUCGGCGAUCUUCCCCACAACCCACAAAUGGCACUUCCACCACACCCCCGUUCUUGCGCACUCUGCAGCUGGCGAGAGCUUUGUUUUCCUGUCAGAUGCGCGUUGACGGCUGAUGGCAACCCUGUGAUUGGAACCACGUUUACUUGUACAGACCCCGUCACGAUGUGAAAGUUUAACGGUUUUCCUGACUCACGGGGUUUUUCAACGUUCAAUUUGUCAAAAACUCCCAAUCUCCGGACGUUUUUUGGGUGGGAAUUGUGCGUUUGAAUCGUCAUGCCGACCCCGCCGGGUGAUGCUUAUGCUUCGAAGCCCGGUGCGGAAUCCCUCAGUCUAGAUGAUUUGGGUGACCAGGCGCCUGCUAUGUACUCCUCCCAGGGCGACAAGUUACAUCUACAUCGACCAUUGACACUAUUUCGAAGGGUACGGGGUUUAGUGUGUCUAGCAAUUCUACUUUUAACUGCGUUCGUGGCGCUUGUCCUCCUAUCACCGGUCGUGCAUUUCUUGCCACGCUUCUUCAGUGUUCAUUACAGUCGACUAUGGACGUCCUACUUCAUAGGAAAUUGGCUUUCUAUGUGGCCGUACUUAUUCGAGGAGGUCAACGAAACAAAGGUGAUUUUUGCAGGUGAUAAAGUACCUAAGGAGAACCGUGUGAUGGUCAUGUGCAACCAUCGUACCGAAGUGGACUGGAUGUACAUUUGGAACUUAGCAAUUCGGAAAGGCAAGAUUGGGUACUGCAAGUAUGCGGUGAAGAACUCAGUGAAAAACUUACCCUUGUUUGGUUGGGCAUUUUACGUUUUUGAGUUUCUGAUGCUGCAUAGAAAGUGGGAAGUGGAUGCUCCCGUCAUCAAGACAUACAUUGACAGUUUUCAAGAUAAAAGAGAUCCUCUCUGGCUAGUCGUGUUUCCUGAAGGCACAGAUUUUUCUGAAGCGAAACGGGACACGGGCAAUGCAAUUGGAAGAGAGAAAGGCUAUCCGGAGCUUGUCAAUGUGCUUCAACCUCGCACUCGUGGCUUUGUGACUUGCCUUUCUCAAUCGCGCUGCUCUUUGGAUGCAGUUUAUGACCUCACUAUAGGGUACAAGAAGCGGUGUCCCUUGUUCAUCAACAAUGUAUUCGGAACCGAUCCAUCGGAAGUGCACAUUCACAUUCGCCGAAUACCAAUUUCUGAGAUUCCUCAAUCAGAAGACGGUAUGACGCAGUGGCUGUAUGAUCUAUUUUAUCAAAAGGACCAGAUGUUGGCCAGUUUUAGUAAGACAGGCUCUUUCCCUGACAGUGGAAUUGAAGAGAGCCCUUUGAACAUAGUGGAAGGUGUUUGCAAUGUUGCUCUACACGUAGUCCUUAGCGGUUGGGUAUUCUGGUGCUUGUUUCAUUCGGUUUGGUUGAAGCUUUAUGUGGCUUUCGCUAGUUUGCUGCUCGCGUUUAGUACCUAUUUUGAUUGGAGACCUAAACCGGUUUACUCUAGUCUACGUACUAAAAGAAAAAUCGUGUAAAAUAAAUUCGUUAGUUGUAAUUGGUUUGUUUAUUCCGAUUCCAAAGCUGAGUUUAAGGGUGAGGCUCCUCUUUAAGCUGAUUUUUGCUAUUAAUUGGCUGCUCCCUUGUUUGUCUGCCGUAAAUUGGCUUUAAUACGGUUGUCUUCUGCUGAUGAA